AUGAUAUAUGAAGAAGAUCGACCUAAAUAUAUCAAUUUUGCAAAAGUAGGUUUCCUCUAUGGACGUGAAGUGGAUCGAGGUUUCGGGGAUUUGGGCAUUUUAAGAGAUAAAUAUGGAAAUUUAAAAGACUUAUGGACAGAGAAAUCGAAAGAUGAAGUUAAAAAAAGAUCUCAAUGUUUUAUCGAUCAAUAUAGUUCCUAUCAUUACUAUAAACUGAAUAUAACUCUUGAUGGAGAGGAAACUUUAUCAGACAACAUAGCUGAUAAUGGUGGAAUUCGUCAAGCCUAUUUGGGUUAUCAAAAAUGGGUUAAAGAUAACGGAAAAGAAAAAUCCCUUCCAGGUCUACAAAAAUACAGUCACAAACAAUUAUUCUUUAUAUCAUUUGCUCAGUCGUUGUGUAGCAACGGUCAACAUUUAUUAGAAAAGAUUAAAGCAUUUGAAGGCACGAAAAGUACUACAUUUCAAUCCAGGGUAAUUGGUAGUUUGUCAAACAUGAAAGAGUUUUCUGAAGUUUUCAAUUGCAAACCAGGAUCUGAAAUGAAUCCCGAAAAUAAAUGCGUCCUGUGGUAAAAGUAUAGCACCAAAUCAGAAAAGAUUUUAAAUAUAUUAUUUUGUACCUUCUUAUAAGAAAUUGUCAUUUAAUAUAUUUUGUAUACGAAUAUCCACCGACGUUUCCUAAGUUGUAUUUCCUUUGCCAUAUUUUUCAGAAAAUAAUAUUUAUACAGAAAACGUUGUCGAAAAAAUGUAAUGUUUUAUUUUUACGAACUGUGUUUCAAAUGUAUGGUAAAGUCACGUAUAUGUUAUAUAUACAGUCGAAGUAAAACAGUAAAUCACUCCAAUUUAA